UUCAAUAAUAAGUGCUCAAAGCUCGAAGGACAGUCAAGGCCACUUGAACAAGACUCACAGCUAUACCCGCCGACGCGAUGGAACUCAGUUCUUGGUCAGUUGUCGUUUCUAAACCUUUUCUGGUGGUCCUCAUAGUCACGAGUGGUCUGCUGAAUCUCCCUCGAGCCGCGGGCACGAAUUGCAACACUAGAUUGACAAUAAUACCUGAUGUAGAGAUUUCCACAAGUCCACCAACGACGAAACUAGCGAUAGGUACAGCGGUUAACCUGACUUGUUUAGCGCAGCCCAGGGGCAUUGAUGCUGUAUAUUACGAUAGAUGGACCGAGUAUAUUCAGUGGUACGACCCACAGGGCAAGCCAGUUGGACAUAGAUGUGUGCAGGGUAGACGAAUGGUGUUAAAACAUAGAUGUACAUUGAUGUUGAAACAUAUGACGGCAGAGCAACUCGGUAGCUACACGUGUGAAGCAGGAAAUGGUUAUCGUGCACACUGCAGAAGAAAAUCAGUUGAAAUUCGUCCGAAAGAAACCCAAACCAUUCAAAUUAUUGAGGAUCCAAAGAACCAAAGUUCUCUUAUCGGUUCCAUUGUAACUUUCAACUGCACUGCUACUGGUAGUCCCAGGCCAACCAUCUCUUGGGAAAAGAAUGAUGAUCCAUACGCUUUACAAACCAACCCAAGGGUAGAGGAGAAGGUUAUUGUGUUAGACAACAAAGCCGUUCGUAGUCAGCUCUUGUUAACAGGAACUGAGGUGGAAGACAAUGGUAAAUACCACUGCGUGGCUAAUAACAGCGCUGGAGAAAGAAUAUCAAGAGUGUCUUUCUUAGACCUCCAACCUAUUCAAGAUGUGGGGGAUCCAAAGAACCAAAGCGCUGUUGUUGGUUUUGGUGAAAUUUUUAUCUGCAUCGCCAGGAGUCAUCCAGAGCCAAGCAUUUCAUGUGUAAAGAGCAAUAAUCGUCAUUCGACGCAAUCCACCCCAACGACCUACUUCCAUCCAUCAGACACCCCGACUGUACCUCAAAUUGUUGAAGAUCGGUGGAACCUUAGCAUUGUCAUCGGUUCGGAUGUAACUUUGAAUUGCAUUACCACUGGUCAUCUCCAGUCAACCAGCAGGUGGACCAAGAACAACAAUUCGUAUUUUUUCCAAUCCUAUUCAAGGGGAAAGAUCACUCGAGUUCGACGUGACCAAACUACUCAUUACCAACUAUCUAUAGAAAAAGUGCAGAAGGAAGAUGGGGGCAAAUAUCAGUGCAUUGCAAAUAACAUAGCUGGUGAUGAGACUUCAGUCGAGGUCAACUUACAUGUCAAUCAAUUAGAACUGAAAUCUGAAUCGCGCACGCUGGCAGGAAGGACUGGAUUGACAAUUUUUCAGCUGACUGUGAUCGCUUUCGUGGUAUCUACAUUUGUUUUUGCAGUUGGCGCAUUUUUGUGGGAUCGACGUCCUGUAAAGAUUAGCAAGUUAAUACCCAUGAGCAGCCUCCAAAAGUCAGAGAGUCCAUCUCAUGUCUAAUUUCAUCAGCAAGCGAGGCGAAACAAAAGAAAUCCAGUUUGGCACGAAUACUAAUAAUAAUAAUAAUAAUAAUAAUAAUAAUAAAAUAUUUUACCAGGGUAAACCCGUCAGCAGAAGCUGUUAUCAAUAGGUGUCCUGGGAAACAAAAAAUAGCACAAUAAUAAUAAAAGCCCUAAGAGCUAUUGCAAUAUACUUAAUAAGAUAAAGACUAUAGGAAAGUAAAUGCAUAGAAGAAGUAUCAAAAGUAAAAUUAAAAGCUAAUUGCAUAGAAAAUCCUUAAGCUUCGUUUUAGACAUUAACAGGGAUUCAAGUUUGGUGGUAAAUUAUUGAAAGCUUGUGCCCCAGAAUAAAACCACUCUUUCUUAGCAGACUCGGUAUGAACAAUUGGAAUUAAAAGGUCAAGACCAUUACGCCUGGUAAAAUAGUUAUGUGAUAACUUGAAAAAAUAUUCUUUGAACAUUUCAGGAACAGUGUUUUUGACACAUUUAAAAACAAAAGUUGAAAUAUGCAUCGUAGAACGUGUCUUGAGGGACAUCCAACCUAAUUGUCGCAACAACUGAUCGUGACUAAGGUAGCUUUCUUUUAAAACUAUUCUAGCAGCUCUUGUUUGUAACCUUUCUAAAGUUUUAUAUCUAGAAGGAGCUAAAUUAUUCCAAACAAAGUCGCAAUAAUCUAACUUGGGAAGAAUCAUAGUUGUAAAGACUCUUUCAGCUGCAUGAACCGUGAGACUGUUUCUGACCCUACUUAACAAACCAAACUGUCUAGAUACCUUAUUAACCAGUCGAGUAACUUGUUCCUUGAAAGAUAGUGACUCGUCUAGGUAUACUCCUAAGUACUUAUAGAAAGGCUGACAAUUGAGGACUUGGUCUCCUAAAUAAACACUGCAAAGAUUGUUAGAGUCAA